UCAGAGAUUGCCCUGUUUUUAUCAAAAAUCACAAAACAGAUUAUCAAAUGGCCAUCGCAGGCAGGAUUCAGUUGGGUUCUCCUUCCUUUCUGCAUGAUGACUUCAUAAAAGAUUUUCAAAAGCCCUCGAACCCAGAAGUGGGUCCACUGGCAAGGUUAACUCUCCCACCCCAGAAAUUUCACUGGUGAACGCGCGUUCAUCUGGGGGCGGGGAGGGGGAGGAAGAGGUCUUUAGGACCCAGCGGGCGGCGGCAGGCGGCAGUUGUGUAGCUCGGUGAGACUACGAGGGUCCGGUUCAGUUUUAAUUCGGUGUCUAAUCUCUGCUACGGCGGCGCUUCCCGGGUCCCGCGGCUCCAGCCGCCGGGCGACAGUCGGAGCCACCGCUGCCCCCUCACCCACCAUGGAAACCCUCCAAGGAAAAGUGGCUCCGGACGCGAGUGCCUGAGAUUCCGCACGGAAGAGGUGCCCAAAAUGAAGACCCUGGUGCGCCACGGCCUGGCAGUGUGUCUCGCGCUCACCACCAUGUGCACCAGCUUGUUGCUCGUGUACAGCAGCCUCGGCGGCCAGAAGGAGCGGCCCCCGGCCCCAGCGACCGGCAGCGCGCAGCCCGCGGCUGACAGCAGCCCCCACCCGCGCCUCGCAGCCCCCGCCGCCCCGCGGCCGCUGGACGGGUACCUCGGCGUGGCCGACCACCAGCCCCUGAAAAUGCACUGCAGGGACUGUGCCCUGGUGACCAGCUCAGGACACCUGCUGCGCAGUCGGCAGGGCCCGCAGAUUGACCAGACCGAGUGUGUCAUCCGCAUGAACGACGCUCCUACUCGCGGCUACGGGCGCGACGUGGGCAACCGCACCAGCCUGAGGGUCAUCGCGCACUCCAGCAUCCAGCGCAUCCUCCGCAACCGCCACGACCUGCUCAACGUGAGCCAGGGCACCGUGUUCAUCUUCUGGGGCCCCAGCAGCUACAUGCGGCGGGACGGCAAGGGCCAGGUCUACAACAACCUGCAGCUCCUGAGCCAGAUGCUGCCGCGGCUGAAGGCCUUCAUGAUCACGCGCCACAAGAUGCUGCAGUUCGAUGAGCUCUUCAAGCAGGAGACCGGCAAAGACAGGAAGAUCUCCAACACUUGGCUCAGCACUGGCUGGUUCACGAUGACAAUUGCACUGGAGCUGUGUGACAGGAUCAAUGUGUAUGGCAUGGUGCCCCCGGACUUCUGCAGGGAUCCGAAUCACCUUUCAGUACCUUAUCAUUAUUAUGAACCUUUUGGACCUGAUGAAUGUACAAUGUACCUGUCCCAUGAGCGGGGACGGAAGGGCAGCCAUCACCGGUUCAUCACAGAGAAGCGAGUAUUUAAGAACUGGGCACGGACAUUCAAUAUUCAUUUUUUUCAACCAGACUGGAAACCAGAAUCACCUGCUGUGAAUCAUCUGGAGAAUAAACCUGUGUUCUGAGGAACGAGUACACAAGAUCCUAACCCUAGACCGGGUACCGGUCUGAUGAGUGUUGCCCCUUUGAAAGGAGCCACAUUGGAAACUGAAUGCUCAUUUCAGCGAUGCUGCUGUGGCUGAAAGCAUUUUGGAUCUCUUUAAGUAUUGCCUUUGAAACCCGAACGAGCAACUCAACAACACUGGUUGCAUUCCUUUAUAGAAACACCAUGUCAGAAGACAUUUUUCUAUCAAGUUGUAUUCUAACCCAAUCUAUAACCUUUGCCAUUUGUCAGACUGUUUGUGUGAUUUGUAAAAAGCAGCCUGAAAGUACGGACAUGGUUUUCGAAGAGCACAUCUCCACUGACUGACUUUCAUAAGGCAAAUGUUCGAUAUUUAUUUAUUCAGAGUUUUUUAGUGCACUGUAGGCCAGUAUUUUUAUGAGUACAAUUACGUGGUAACUUAUUCUUCCUAACUCGAAUCUUCAAUGAUGGUUGGAAAUGGCCUAGAAUUGGGUCGAUGAGUUACUGUGUCCUCAGUGAUCACUGUCAGCAUGCUGUUGGUAUUUGACUUGAAAAUGUUGUUUAACGUGUGUUUUGGACCCCUAGGCUUUGGGAAAAUUGCUCUUUCAUAGCAAGAACAGCUAUAUCAUUUUCUAAUGAGCAGACAUGCUCCAAAAGAACAAAAUUGAAAACCAAAAACUGUGUUAUUAAAACAAAAAGAUGCUAGCAAGAAACUUUAAAGAUAGUUUUCUUUAGUAACAACUGAUAUGAGUAACUUCUCUUAAGGCCUAGUUUCCUCUUUUUUAGAAUGAUCUCAUUGUACUGAAAGAUCUCUUAGGUUUUGUUCCUCUUCUGAAACUCUAUGGGUCCUCAUAGACUUGUUUGAAGACUGUUUAUAUUUCAAGUGAUAGGGUUCCAUCUUUACCAAGAACUGUGUUCUGCAGGCAUUUUAUAUUCCAGUACGACUUAUCUCUGUGUGUGUGGUUAGAGCACUUCCUCCUGGAUGGAUCCCCAUUGCCUAAAUCUAUCCCAUUUCUCUGGAAGCAACACAAACGCACGCACGCGCGCGCGCACACACACACACACACUUCUGAAGAGUUUCCUGACUGCAAGUGCAAGGAAUUGACCUUCUGUGAGGAGAAAAGAACAGGAAAAGAUUCCCUAUCACACAACUCAUUAUCUUAAUGCACUAUUCAGACUCACUGCAAAUCUUAAAUUACAGUCACUACCAUUCCUUGGUCUGAAAGAAUAUGAAGGACUCAAUUUAUACAAAGCAAGAUCAAUUAAUAUGAUAGAUUUUCAUUUAAAUAUAAGUAAUAUUGUUCAAAAACAGUCUUUUGAGAAUACACUAGUGGUUUUUUUACACAUUGCUUUGGAGGCAUUAGUUCUGUAAUGCAAAAUUUGAAGAUGCCGGCAAAUACUAUGUAUGGAGACUCUCAUGACUCAAUUUGUGAUUUAAGGUCUCUCCCUUACCUGUUCUUUUCCCUCUUCUUAGUAAGAAGAUUCCAUUUUCUCUCACUGACUAGUACUAUUAAUUAUCUGGACUACUGUUGUUGAAACACAAACAGUCCAAGUAUUCACACAGCAAAGACAAAGUUGGUAUUAUUGUGGUGUGGCUUGAGCUGUUAAACACAGUAAAAUGUUGAAGUAGCUUUCCAAAGCAUAAUGGAAUUCGUUUUUUAAAUUUUGUCAUAGUUUUUAAAGGGACUAUGAAUUUUACUCCAACAUGAUCUCUUUGCAGCAUGGACUCUGAACACACAACGUUUCUGUGAACAUAGAAAGUAUAUGACUUUUAUGCAACUGAUUUAUAGGCCACAUUUUGCUCAGAUGUCGACUCUUUGACAAGGCAUAUUUUUAUGGCAAUUUGGAAAGGCAUAAUUACAAAGAUGUAACAAUAUCACCUUACCUAUUUGUGUAUCUUUAGUAGGUCUUUCUUUUAAAAAAUUGUUAGGAUAGCCCCAUCUUUUUGUAACUUCUCCCUCUGAAAUACUAAGAGUGGAAAGCAACAGAAUUUUGAAAGUCUUGGCUUUGCUGGGAAAUGUAUCUAGAAUUUGAUCAUAUUUUUUUAAAUAUGCUACAAAUACGUGUAAGAAAUUAUCGCUUAGGUACUGGUUUUAUUGCAGCAUUAAAGAAUAUGCCUAGAACCCUGAUGGAUUAUGCUGAUGGACCUGGUUGUGGGCAAUUGAAUUCUUGUCUUGCCACUAUCAUUUCAUGACUAUCAGUCUUAACGCCAUUCAAUACCAUUAAAUAUAAACCCUGAUAUAAAA